AUGGCAUCUUGGCCAGGGGUCAUACGGGAUCGUUUAUCCCAGCCGCCAUCCACGGCAGACUGCUGUACCAGCACUAGAAGUGAAGUCUGCCUUCCCAACCUUUCAUUUGCACCAACUUCAUGGCGGGAGGAGCUGCAAGGGGGCGCUCGAGCAUCGAGCUCCGCAGCAGCGGAAACUCUGCACCGAUUAUCGCCACUUCCUUCAUGUGGUUCUGCUCCAAGAACAACAUCAACAGCGCCAAUAUUCGGCUUUGCCGGACUAGACUUGGUAGACAAGGAGGAUGAAGCCACGAAAAGCGAGUCCUGGUCACCACGAAAUCUCCAACAAUGGAAUGAAUAUGAUGCUUUGACCGAGUCAUCCGUGCCGUCCUUCCAGUUCCAAUACUCCCCGGAAAUAGAUGAGCCAACCAACUGGUAUGACAUGCCUGCGCCGCCUCCCGGAUCAACCCGUGACACCAGUGCCAAUGUGGCGAAGCUUAUAGGAGAAGUACUAAGCGCACAUGAAGAUGUGUCAGCCAAGCGCUAUCGGAUCCGGGAAGUGCGGCAUAUGCUUCGACAGAAACGUAAUGAAGAAGAUGAUGUACGGGUCGCGUUACGGAGCAAGUUGAAUCUCAUAACUGCCGAAAACGUUCAUGAGGAUCUUGCUGCUAUCAAUCACAUAAUAAACGACCUCCAGGCUGCGACAGCGUCUUAUUUCAUCUUUGAAAAUGAGUAUCAUAGACAAGAAGAGGAAUUGGCUCAGCUGGAGUACGAUUACAACAUACGCUUAGAAAGACUGCAAACCAUCUUUAAGUAUCAAGGUGGCUCGUUGGCACACCUCCAACAGAUUGACUCGGACACCGAAUCUUCCUCGGCGGACUACACAUCUGACUAUGGAGACGAAAUAUUGCCCCAAGCGGCUGAUUACCUUUCCAUGGUUGGCGAGGCACGCAUACUCACGGAACGGCUGUCAGAGUUAGAGACAGAAUACCUGGUCCUAGUCGACCAACGCGAGCUCCGCGAACGAGUCGGUAUCCCACUCGACAGUGCGGCCCUCAACUUCCUCCUUCGAUACCAAGAUGAAAGGACCAAGAUUGAGACCGAGCUAGAGCUAGCGCGCCAUAAUAUUGAGUCGCACCCGGAACAUGCCACUCGCUCCGCGCAGAUCGCAGAAGAGGAAGAUAACGAAGACGAGAUGAUACAGCAUUUCAUGCCCGAGAAACCGGAGGAUCAGACGUACAAUGAUCCGCUGCACUCGUCGGAAUUUGAAGAUUCAUCGCCUUUCUUUGCGUCCGCGCACAUACAGCCUGUCAACAAAGGCACUUUCGUGAAUCGAUGGCUUCUUCAUCGGUUGCGACACUCAAGAGUUGAGAUUAUGCGGUUUAAGUCUGCGCCUGAACUGAUAGACCUGGAUAGCAAGGGAUGGGGGUCAGAUAAUAUUAGCAAGAUGGCGAUGAUGCUUUGGUUUCAAGAUGGUGCGGCGAGCAUGGAGCAUAUUAGGAGUCAAUCAGCUGGGUAG